AUGGUGGAGAAAAGCAAGGGCAGGAAGGAGAAGGUGGUGACCACAGAUGUUAGGGUGGAUGUUAAGCUCAACAAGCACAGUGGAAUUCGUGGUGUGCCCAGAAGAGUGCGGGAUCGUAUGGCUCGUAAGAGAAGGAUGAGGAGGAUGCAAAAGAGGAGCUCUUCUCUUGUCACUGUUGCCGAGAUCCCACCAGAGGUAUUGAAACGUCUUGGCAUAGCAGUCAUCGAUGAGGCAGAUUAA